ACUGCAUGUCUACACGCGUAACAGAAAAUUCAAAACCCAAUCACCAUCCUCUUACUGAUUUUUUUCUCACAACACAAUUCGUAUGGAAGCACAGCCACACGACACCGUAUAAAAAGAAACCGUCCCAGCAACUUCGGCUGAUUAGCAGAGCAAAAAAGGAUCAUGGAAACCUGGUUUAUCAUCCUUAUCUCCAUUUCCUUCGCCCUCCUCCUCAAAUCCAUCUUCUCUCUCCUUCUCUCCUCCACGACUAAGAAACCCUCUUCUCCUUCUAUUCCUCCCGGCCCAUUCACCUUUCCGAUCAUCGGAAACAUCUUAUGGCUCCGUCGAACAGUCACCGAGAUAGAACCAAUUCUCCGGUCUCUCUACGCCCGAUUCGGUCCGAUGAUCACCUUACGCAUCGGAAGCCGUCCUGCAAUCUUCAUCGCCGACCGGGAGUUAGCUCACCAGGCAUUGAUCCAAAACGGCGCCGUAUUUGCCGACCGGCCGCCGGCGCUUCCUACCAGCAAGAUCGUCGGAAGUAACCAGCAUAAUGUCAGUAGCGCCGCGUACGGACCAACUUGGCGACUAUUACGGCGGAAUUUGACCGCCGAGAUCCUCCAUCCCUCGCGAGUGAAGACCUACGGCCAUGCUCGCAGAUGGGUAUUGAGGAUUCUCCUGGAACGAAUCGGGUCGGAAAGGGAGGAAUCGGGUCGAUGUGUUCGGGUCGUGGAUCAUUUCCAGUACGCCAUGUUUUGCUUGCUGGUGUUGAUGUGUUUCGGGGACAAGCUCAGUCAGGAACAAAUUCAAGAAAUCGAGCACGUUCAGCGUCGCCAGCUGUUGGGUUUUGCAAAAUUCAACGUCCUCAAUUUCUGGCCGAGGGUGACCAAGUUUCUUCUUCGGAAAAGGUGGGAGGAGUUUCUGCAACUUCGUAGAGAUCAGGAAACUGUUUUGAUUCCCUUGAUAAGAGCGCGAAAGAAGAUGAAGGAAGAGAACUUAGAAACAGUCAAUGAAGAUAAUAAAGAACAUGUUUUGUCGUAUGUGGAUACGUUGAUAGAUUUGGAGCUCCCGGAGGAAGGAAGGAGAAAGCUUGAAGAAGGAGAACUGGUUAGCCUCUGUUCCGAGUUCCUCAACGCCGGCACAGACACUACUUCGACUGCGUUGCAAUGGAUCAUGGCGAACUUGGUGAAGUACCCAUAUAUUCAAGAAAGAUUAUUAAAGGAGAUGAAAGCGGUUGUAGGAGAAGGAGAAGAGGAGGUGAAAGAAGAGGAUUUACAGAGGAUGCCAUAUCUGAAAGCAAUAGUCUUGGAAGGUUUAAGAAGACAUCCACCCGGGCACUUCGUGUUGCCUCAUAGAGUGACAGAUGAGAUUAUGCUGGGUGGAUUUCUGGUACCUAAAAAUGGAAGUGUGAAUUUUGCAGUGGCUGAAAUGGGGUGGGAUCCCAAAGUGUGGGAUGAUCCAAUGGCAUUUAAACCAGAAAGAUUCUUGAACAGUGAUGAUAAAUUACAAAGUUUUGAUAUAACUGGAAGUAGAGAUAUUAAGAUGAUGCCAUUUGGAGCUGGGAGGAGAAUAUGUCCUGGUCUAUAUCUUGCCAUGCUUCAUCUGGAGUAUUUUGUGGCUAAUUUGAUUUGGAAAUUUCAGUGGAAUCCCAUCGAUGAUGUGGACUUGUCGGAGAAGCAAGAGUUUACUACGGUUAUGAAGAAUCCACUCCAAGCUCAUAUAUCUCCCAGGAUUAACAAUAUUAAUAACUGAAAACAGCUUUGCUUUGUUUUCUACUUUAGAUUACUGCCAAUUUUAUCCUUUGCAUCUUCUUCCCCUGUUUUACGUCCUACGAAUAUGUAACGUGUUUGUAUAUAACGUAGUAGUAUAAUAAGAGGACAAUGCACGACUUUCUGUUAAAUUAAA